AGAGCAAACGACUAGGCAUUGCUGCGACAACCUCGGAAGGAGGACUGCCCUGUAGAGCCGCCGUACACCCCGACUGUUGGCCUCCGGAACCUCUGGAACCCUCAGCUUGGCAGGACAACCUUCCUUCCCUGUCCCCGCCCUUCCAGGUUGGUCCCAGCCCCCGCAGCCCGGGCGGGCAGGACCACACCCGCUUCCCUCCGGUGGCUCGUCCGCCCCCGCCGCAGUUCGCGGGAGCGUUCUUCCUGGGGCGGGCUCGGGCUUAGGGCGCAUGCGCACAGCUGAAGGGCGCCUCCCUGCCCGGAUCUCGCGAAGUUACGUUAGAUUGGCCGCCGGUGACGGGUGGCCGGCCGGGGGCGGGAGGGCUUCUGUGGUAGAAAGGGAGGUCCACUCGGCCGGGCGCGCCGCCCCAGUGCUCUGUGGGAUACUGGAAGUCUCGAGCGUCUCCUCCCGGUUCCCAGCCCUCCUCUGGCCCGCACUCACAGAAGCAGGCACACACCCCCUGCCUCCCCUCUCUUCCCUCUCCACCUCCCCCUUCCCCCUCGCGAUAAGAAGACCCGGCGGCAGGAGAGGGGAUGAAGAUGGCGGACGCGAAGCAGAAGCGGAACGAGCAGCUGAAGCGCUGGAUCGGCUCCGAGACCGACCUCGAGCCUCCUGUGGUGAAGCGCCAGAAGACCAAGGUGAAGUUCGACGAUGGCGCCGUCUUCCUCGCUGCUUGUUCCAGCGGCGAUACGGACGAGGUCCUCAAGCUGCUGCAUCGCGGCGCCGACAUCAAUUACGCCAAUGUGGACGGACUCACUGCCCUGCACCAGGCUUGCAUUGAUGACAAUGUUGAUAUGGUGAAGUUUCUGGUAGAAAAUGGAGCAAAUAUUAAUCAACCUGAUAAUGAAGGCUGGAUACCACUACAUGCAGCUGCUUCCUGUGGAUAUCUCGAUAUUGCAGAGUUUUUGAUUGGCCAGGGAGCGCAUGUAGGAGCUGUUAACAGCGAAGGAGACACUCCUUUAGAUAUUGCUGAGGAGGAGGCAAUGGAAGAGCUACUUCAAAAUGAAGUGAAUCGGCAAGGAGUCGAUAUAGAAGCAGCUCGAAAGGAAGAAGAACGGAUAAUGCUAAGAGAUGCAAGACAAUGGCUAAAUAGUGGUCAUAUAAAUGAUGUCCGGCAUGCAAAGUCUGGAGGUACAGCACUUCAUGUUGCAGCUGCCAAAGGCUAUACAGAAGUUUUAAAACUUUUAAUACAGGCAGGCUAUGAUGUUAAUAUUAAAGAUUAUGAUGGCUGGACACCUCUUCAUGCUGCAGCUCACUGGGGUAAAGAAGAAGCAUGUCGAAUAUUAGUGGACAAUUUGUGUGAUAUGGAGAUGAUCAACAAAGUGGGCCAGACAGCCUUUGAUGUAGCAGAUGAAGACAUUUUGGGAUAUUUAGAAGAGUUGCAAAAGAAACAAAAUCUGCUGCAUAGUGAAAAACGGGAGAAGAAGUCUCCACUAAUUGAAUCAACAGCCAACAUGGACAAUAAUCAGUCACAGAAGACCUUUAAAAACAAAGAGACAUUAAUUAUUGAGCCAGAGAAAAAUGCAUCCCGUAUUGAAUCUCUGGAACAAGAAAAGGUUGAUGAAGAAGAAGAAGGAAAGAAAGAUGAAUCUAGCUGCUCUAGUGAAGAAGAUGAGGAAGAUGACUCAGAAUCAGAAGCUGAAACAGAUAAGACAAAACCCAUGGCUUCUGUAACUAAUGCCAAUACUUCUAGUACACCAGCAGCUCCUGUGGCUGUUACUACACCUCCUGUGUCAUCUGGUCAGGCAACACCCACAUCACCCAUAAAAAAGUUUCCAACUUCAGCUACAAAAAUUUCUUCCAAAGAAGAAGAGAGAAAAGAUGAGUCUCCUGCAUCUUGGAGGUUAGGACUUAGAAAGACUGGCAGUUAUGGUGCACUUGCAGAAAUCACAGCAUCUAAAGAAGCUCAGAAAGAAAAAGACACUGCAGGUGUUAUGCGUUCAGCUUCAAGUCCCAGACUUUCCUCAUCUUUGGAUAAUAAAGAAAAGGAGAAAGAUAGUAAAGGAACUAGGCUUGCAUAUGUUGCACCUACCAUUCCAAGACGACUAGCCAGUACAUCUGACAUUGAAGAGAAAGAAAACAGAGACUCUUCAAGUUUGCGAACAAGUAGUUCCUAUACAAGAAGAAAAUGGGAAGAUGAUCUCAAAAGGAAUAGCCCAAUUAAUGAAGUAUCAACUUAUCAUAAAAGUUGCUCCUUUGGUAGAAGACAAGAUGAUUUGAUUAGUUCUAGUGUUCCAAGCACCACAUCAACACCAACAGUUACCUCUGCAGCUGGGCUUCAGAAAAGCCUGCUUUCCAGCACAAGCACUACUACAAAGAUUACAACGGGUUCUUCCUCAGCAGGCACACAAAGCAGAUCAUACCUCACUCCUGUUAGAGAUGAAGAGUCUGAGUCCCAAAGAAAAGCAAGAUCUAGACAAGCAAGACAGUCUAGAAGAUCAACACAGGGGGUGACAUUGACUGAUCUUCAGGAAGCUGAAAAAACAAUAGGAAGAAGUCGUUCUACACGAACCAGAGAACAAGAAAAUGAAGAAAAAGAAAAAGAGGAAAAAGAAAAACAGGAUAAAGAGAAGCAAGAGGAAAAAAAGGAGUCAGAAACAUCUAGAGAAGAUGAAUAUAAGCAAAAGUACUCCAGAACAUAUGAUGAGACUUACCAGCGUUACAGAUCUGUAUCAACUUCAAGUUCAACCACUCCAUCCUCUUCACUUUCUACCAUGAGCAGUUCACUGUACGCAUCCAGUCAACUAAACAGGCCAAAUAGUCUUGUGGGUAUUACUUCUGCUUACUCAAGAGGAUUAACAAAAGAACAUGAAAGAGAGGGAGAAAAGAGAGAAGAAGAGAAAGAAGGAGAAGAUAAAUCACAACCUAAAUCAAUCAGAGAACGUCGGCGACCAAGAGAGAAAAGAAGAUCUACUGGAGUUUCAUUUUGGACACAAGAUAGUGAUGAAAAUGAACAAGAACAGCAAUCAGAUACAGAAGAGGGAUCCAAUAAGAAAGAAACUCAGACGGAUUCCAUUUCUAGGUAUGAAACCAGUUCCACAUCAACUAGUGAUCGGUAUGAUUCCUUGCUGGGUCGCCCUGGAUCAUACAGUUCCUUAGAAGAAAGAAAACCUUACAGUAGCAGGCUAGAAAAGGAUGACUCAACUGACUUUAAAAAGCUUUAUGAACAAAUUCUAGCUGAAAAUGAAAAACUGAAAGCACAGCUACAUGAUACGAAUAUGGAACUGACAGAUCUUAAAUUGCAAUUGGAAAAGGCAACUCAGAGACAAGAAAGGUUUGCUGAUAGGUCACUAUUGGAAAUGGAAAAAAGGGAGCGAAGAGCUCUAGAAAGAAGAAUAUCUGAAAUGGAAGAAGAGCUCAAAAUGUUGCCAGAUCUUAAAGCAGACAACCAGAGGCUAAAGGAUGAAAAUGGGGCCUUGAUCAGAGUUAUAAGUAAACUUUCCAAAUAGAAUUUGUUAAAAAGCAGCAAAUAAUGGAAUUGCACCUAUUAGUAAGCCAGUGGACCAUAAUUGACAGUCACUGGAAGCCUGGGAAGAGUCCUUGGAGACUGUCAUUUUCGGAUAUCCUGCCAAAUGCCCUCUUGUCUUGGAGUUUUGUUUUGUUUAAUUUUCUGGGGGGGUUUUUCCUCGUAUCAAGACCAUUGUUUCAUGUUAACGCAGCUGCUGAGAAGAUUUUUUUAAAGACUGAGAAAACUUGUUUACAGCUCCAGCAUAUAAGGAAAGUGUUCAAGGCCAGAUUUGCCUCAGAUAUUUAACCAGUAAGCCUUAGUUGUACAUAAAUACUUUUGUGUCAACAGAAACUUUCAGCUCACACAGAAGACAGUUAUUCAACAUUUUUUGAUGUGCCACGGUUUCCAGUUUUUCGAUAUUUAAAUUUUUUUUUUUUUUGCUUUACAUCUAAGUUUGGGUUUGUAUGUUUUUCCUUUUAACUCUUCAUGUGGCAGACUCUUCUAUGUUUUCACAGCUUUUUCAUUUACAGAAAAGAACACUGCUCUUCUGAGGUCGUUGUCAUGUAUUAGGCUAAUGCGGUGUUAUCCCCCACCUGGAACUGAAUUGCUUGGUGGAACAUUUGCUUUCACUGUUUGUGCAAUAUGCAUUUAUUUCUUAUAUGAAUGCUUUAAAGUCCGUUGAAAUUAGAUUCUUUUAAGUCCUAUUUUCUGCCUUCAUUGGUCACUUUUUUGUUUUUUGUUUGUUUUUUACUAUUGUAGUAUAAGAUGUUAGAUUCUAUAAUCUUCACAUUCAUUUUAGCAGGUACUGAGUGAUGCUGUAUAUAUAAAUAAGUGUAUUGUUUUGAUUUUUAGACCACCACAUGGCAUGCUUAAUAUUUUUGUUAUUUCAAAUGUCUAAUAAUGCAAAGUAGGCUACUCCAUAAUAGUGUUAAAAACAAAAUUUGCUAACAAUGUGAUGAUAUAAAGACUUUAAAAGUAACACAUUAUGUGGAGCCCUAUCUUUACAAAAGUUUCCUACUGUAAAGUGCUUUUACUUUUAUUUUCAGUUUUUGAUAGUAUUCAACCAUAAUUAAAGUUGUAUAAGAUAAUUACUUCACAUUUCACAUACUGAUAUUUAUCUGAGUGCUGUCUAAAACUGUUGUGCUAGCCAAAGUGAUACUAUGAAAUCAUUUGCAGACGUACCAGUGAGUUCCUGUUAAAUGCACUGUUAUUGCCAUGUGAAGAGGCAUUGACUUUGAUACCACCGUCAUGUUCAGACCAUUUUAUACAUUUCAGUGGCCUUUUUAAAAAAAAGAAAAAAAAAGUAAAACCGAGUACAUAGUGGAAAUGGCUUUUAUUUGGACAAAUAGCUUUUAUAUUUUCAUUAAACCAUGCAAAAAUUAUUACAUCUUUCUGGCACAUAACUGUCUCUUUAACCACUGAACAGUUCAGCCAUUUGAAUAAAUUGUACAUUGUAAAGCUUAUAGUAGCUGAUUGUAUGAUUGAUUGUAUUGUAUACUAUAUUAAAUGUGAAUUUGUACCCCAUCAUUUUAAAAGGUCAUUGUGUUCUACUGCCUAUUUUAGAUUACUUUGGGGUUGGGAAAAGGUGUUUUGGUAAGCAGGAUUUAAGUCCUCUCUCUCUUGAUUGGUUUUAUGAAGAUAUAAGGUUAUGCUCUUACUACCAAGCUCAGGAUUCUUGAUUUUUAAAGGUACAAGGAUAGUUGUGGGAAUUUUAUUUUUGGUUAUAUUUGAACUGUAUGAGUGGUGGGUCUGAAUAUAGAGAAUUUCCAUGGUCUUAUAUGGACAUAAAAUAUACAGAUAAUUGAUCAGCUUGAGUGACUGCAACAUGUUCUGGUUGCACAACAGUUAGGCAUGCUAAGGAUUGUAUUUGUGAAGUUUGGAUGCCUGUGAAGAAUGAUUAAAUACAUGUUUCUAAUAUUUUAGUGUUUUGUAUUUAGGUUAUUUAUUCUUUGUAUCUAAAACUGAACAGCUACUGUGCUAUAUUGAUUUUAUUGGUAGUAUUGAGCAGACCUUGUUUCUGCAUGAAACUAGUUGCAAAACCCACUAUUUGGAAAUAAAAUGUAUUUUGACAUAUAACAAAUAAAAUGAAUAAAACUAUUUUAAAUGUGUGAACUUUUACUGAGACAUAUUAAAUUUUGUUCUGAGAUAUUUAAAUUCUGCAUGGGUAUUUUUUCACUAAUUGCUUUCAUUUGAUUCCAGUUUGCGUAAUUUUUGAAAUUGUAAUAUUGUGAUAAUUUGCAUAACAUUGUACAUGCACAUCUGUAAAUGCAAUCUUAAUCGCCAUAUUUAUGCAAUCUGUGUACCAAUUUGGACAAAUGUUUAUAUAUUUUACAUAAAGCUGUCUGUAUGCAGAACCUGA